AUGAAGGUCACAACCAUUUUACCCCUCGCUGCUGCCGCAUAUGUCUGUGCCGCAAGCCUGCAAGACAGAGCUGGUAUUUGGUUGACUGGACAGACUGUGAACACGACCAGCGGUCUAGUCAGUGGUCACGGUGCGACGAAUCAAUCGGGAGUGUCUGAAUAUCUAGGUAUCCCUUUUGCCCAACCCCCAAUUGGAGAUUUGCGAUUCGCUGCACCUGUCAAGUUUACCGGCAGCGCUUCUCUCAAUGGCACGUCAUUUGGUCCAUCAUGUCCGGUCAAAGCCUCCAAUGCCUCUACUCCUUCGGUGAGCAUCUUGAUAGCGGCGAAUAUCACAGAGGCUGGAGUAGAGAUGGAUUCAAUAUUUGCUACGCCUAACAAAUACUCCGAGGAUUGUUUAUACUUGAAUGUAUGGACGAAGCCACAGACUGGAGAGGAUAAGAAAGCGGUGCUUGUUUGGAUAUACGGGGGAGGGUUCAAUAGUGGGAGCGCGGCUAUACCUGGGAAUAAUGGAGCCAACAUUGCAGAACUAGAAGACGUCGUAGUGGUAUCUUUCAACUACCGUUUGAGUAUCUUGGGCUUCCCUGGGAAUCCAGCGGGUCCAAACAAUUUGGCUUUAUUAGACCAGAGACUCGCUAUUGAGUGGGUGAGGGACAACAUCGAGAAGUUCGGAGGUGAUAAGUCAAGAGUAACUCUUUUCGGUCAAUCAGCGGGAAGUGUCUCCGUAGAUCUGUACUCAUAUGCUUGGGUCAAAGACCCAAUUGCGUCGGGCUUUAUCGCAGAAUCCGGAACAGCUUUUAGCUGGGGUCUGCCUCACGCUAAAGCUGAUAUCGCAGCAUCAUGGUUCACCGUCACCGCAACAUUAGGAUGUGGCAAUGCUUCCUCAGACUCAACAUCCGUCCUUUCUUGCAUGCGCUCAAAGACCUCUACCGCUAUUCUCGGCGCCCUCCCGGCCGCAAGUGGUAUAGCUGCCGUCCUGGGUUAUUUCGGCCCAACCAUCGAUGACACAGUCGUCUUCGCAAACUACUCCGAACGCACCCCCGCUAAGCUCCCCGUUCUCGUCGGAAGCAAUAAUUAUGAGGCUGGAUAUUUCCGUACGGAGUUCGCUCUCGCCAACAUGACAGUACCCGAUCUCUACUGGGACGAGUACACUCUUCAAGACUUUACGUGUCCGGCCGGCAUCCGUGCAAAUGCCAGUGUCACUGCCAACUCACCCAUUUGGCGCUACCGCUACUUCGGCGAUUUCCCCAAUACGCGGAUAUCGAGCGAAGCAGGAGCCUGGCACGGUGCCGAGAUGCCUAUUAUCUUCGACACCAUGCCAAGUGAUCCGGCAUCUACGCCAGAGGAGAUAUCCAUCUCAUCGUACAUGCGCGGAGCGUGGGCAGCGUUUGCUAAAGAUCCCGUGAAGGGCUUAACAACGUAUGGAUGGCCGAGUUAUGAUGUGACGAAAGAUACGCUGAUUCGAUUGGCGUAUGAUAAUAUUACGGGCACGAACGCGGUGAACCCGGCGAUGUAUGAUGCGAACUGCGUCUACGUUAACGUGAGUAGUACGGAUGCGGUUGCUGGACCGUUGGCAACCCCUGGGGCUUCCACGGCGAAUGCAACAUCAAAACCGUUAACGUCGACAUCAGGGAGCGCGUCGGGGAGUGCUGCUACUGCUACGGCAAGCAGUAGUGGAGGAGGCAGAUUUGAGAGCCAAAUUGGGUUCGUUUUAGCAGUGCUUGGGGUGGCUUGGUUCCUGUGA